GUAAUGGGUGUUGUGGGUCCCUCUAGUGUUGCAGAUGGAUUACCUCUCCUCCAUCUUAGUCCAUACCUUUCCCCUCCUCUACCCUUCAGUACAGCAGUUGUCAGGCUGGUAGCACUGCAGAUACAGGCUUUAAAGGAGGAUUUCCCCUUGAGUCAUGUGAUCUCACCUUUCACUAAUUUGGAAAGACGCGAGGGGAUGCUUCUCAACCUGCUAAUUCCUUUUGUGUUGACAGUUGGAUCAGGAAGCAAAGAUAGCCCCUGUCUGGAGCAGCCUGAAGUCUUCUUGCUGUUGCAGACUGUGAUAAAUAUUCUGCUGCCUCCACGUAUCAUAAGCACUUCCCGUAGCAAGAACUUUAUGCUGGAAAGUUCACCUGCACACUGUUCUACCCCUGGUGAUGCUGGGAAAGAUCUUCGAAGGGAAGGACUUGCAGAUUCUACCAGUCAAGCUGCUUAUCUUGCUCUGAAGGUUAUUUUGGUCUGCUUUGAACGCCAGCUGGGAAGUGAAUGGUAUCAGCUUAGCCUGCAAGUUAAAGAGAUGGCUCUGAGAAAGGUGGGGGGAUUGGCUCUCUGGGACUUCCUCGAUUUCAUUGUAAGAACUCGGAUCCCAAUAUUUGUUCUCCUUAGACCUUUCAUCCAGUGUAAGUUGCUAGCACAGCCAGCAGAGACUCAGGAAGAGCUGAGUGCACGACAGCACAUUGCAGACCAGCUGGAGAGGCGUUUCAUCCCUAGACCUCUGUGCAAGAGCUCCCUUAUAAAUGAAUUCAAUAAUGAGUUGAAGAUCUUGAAGGAGGCAGUUCAUAGUGGUUCAGCAUAUCAAGGGAAGACAUCCAUCAGCACAGUUGGGACCUCCACCUCUGCUUACCGUUUGAGCUUGGCCACAAUGUCUCGCUCUAACACAGGAACUGGAACAGUGUGGGAACAGGACAGCGAACACUCACAGCAAGCCUCACAGGACACACUCAGUCGCACUGAUGAAGAGGAGGAAGAAAAUGACUCUGUGAGCAUGCCCAGUGUGCUACGAAGGCCUUUACUUUCACGUCAGAAAACACAAACUGAACCAAGAAGUCGCCAUGGGGCUAGACUCUCAACUACUCGUAGGAGCAUACAACCUCGAGCCAAGCAGAUACGAGAGGAAGAUCAAAAAGCA